CAUCCGCCCGCUAUAUGAGACCGAACACGGGCAUGCUGUAGUUUUUUUGUGUUUAUAAACACACCGAUGGAGAUGGACGGGACCGAGCCGAACCGGAGGAACUGCACAAAAAGCGAUGGAGCAGCAGCGCGAGACCAGCAGAGCGGCUCAAAGGAGCGCGUGACACUGAAGAAGGAGAUCGGGCUGAUGAGCGCGUGCGCUAUUAUUAUAGGUAACAUCAUCGGCUCGGGUAUCUUCAUCUCUCCGAAGGGGGUUCUGGAGCAUGCCGGCAGCGUGGGCUUCUCCCUCAUCGUCUGGGUCCUCGGUGGAGGCAUCUGUGCCCUGGGCUCACUGUGCUACGCCGAGCUGGGCGUCACCAUCCCCAAAUCUGGGGGAGAUUACUCCUACGUGACGGAAAUCUUCGGGGGACUGGUGGGGUUCUUGUUGCUCUGGAGCGCGGUGUGGAUCAUGUAUCCGACCACGCUGGCUGUCAUCGCUCUCACUUUCUCAAACUACGUCCUGCAGCCGGCCUUCCCGAACUGCCUCCCUCCCUAUAUCGCCACUCGCAUCCUGUCCACCAUCUGCAUCCUGUUACUGACGUGGGUGAACUGCUCCAGUGUUCGCUGGGCCACACGCAUCCAGGAUUUCUUCACCAUUGGGAAACUGCUUGCUCUUGUUCUCAUUAUUAUAGUGGGCAUGGUCCAAAUAUGCAAAGGUCACUAUGACGCUCUGGAGCCUCACACAGCGUUCGAGUUCAUCCGAGACCCGUCUGUGGGGCAGAUCGCGCUGGCCUUCCUGCAGGCCUCGUUUGCCUUCAGCGGGUGGAACUUCCUCAACUACGUUACAGAGGAGGUGGUGGAGCCACGCAAGAACCUGCCACGUGCAAUCUACAUCUCCAUUCCUCUGGUCACGUUGGUGUACACUCUCACCAACAUCGCCUACUUCUCGUCCAUGUCCCCCGAAGAGCUGCUCGCGUCUAACGCUGUUGCUGUGACGUUUGGUGAGAAGCUGUUGGGGAUGUUCUCCUGGAUCAUGCCUAUCUCAGUGGCUCUGUCUACUUUCGGAGGGAUUAACGGCUACCUGUUCACCUCCUCCAGGCUGUGUUUCUCAGGAGCAAGAGAAGGACACCUGCCCUACCUGCUGGCUAUGAUCCAUCUGAAGAACUGCACCCCCAUCCCAGCUCUGCUCGUCUGUUGCACUGCAACCAUCAUCAUCCUCUGUAUUGGUGAAACCCACAACUUGAUCAACUACGUAUCGUUUAUAAACUACCUCUCAUACGGAGUGACCAUCGCUGGCCUGCUGUACUACCGCUGGAAGAAACCCAAUCUCGUCAGGCCAAUUAAGGUGAAUUUGCUGGUUCCCAUCAGCUACCUGGUGUUUUGGGCCGUGCUGCUGGGCUUCAGCCUGUACUCGGAGCCUGUGGUGUGCGGCAUGGGGCUGGUCAUCAUGCUCACCGGAGUCCCUAUCUACUUUAUCGGAGUGCAGUGGUCAAAAAAGCCGCGCUGGAUCUACAGCGCAGUGGAGCGUGUGACAUAUCUGGGGCAGAAGCUGUGUUAUGUCGUGUUCCCUCAGGACGAUCCCUCUGAAACGGAGCCUCUUACAGCGAAAUCUGAGAAGUCUGAGCUCUAAAUUAUCAAACCUAUAAGUGAAAUUUUGUCCCCUAUUGUUUUUUUUUAAAUAUUACGGGGUCAAAAAAACAACAACAACGAUACACACACACUCAGAAAAGCAGCAGUUUUUAACUCUGAGAUUCUCCUGCAGGUGAUGAGGUGGAUUUCUCUACGGUGCUCUAGGUUCCAGUUUCAGAUUUUUUUUUACCUUAUAAAGAAAGCAAGGCCUGUUAAGGGGAGGUGCAUAUUGUCUUUUUAUUGUUCCGGGCUUUUCCGCUGCCUGCGGAUGUCUGAAUUUGUAAAACGAGCCCGUUUUUCCCGCACAAAAGGAACUGGUUUCCACCGACCUCCUCUCGUUGUCACCUGGAGGCCGUUUCUGAUUUAAAAUACAGAGCUUGUGUUCUCCUCAGACAUGCGCCAUCUUUUGUUUGUUCGCUCUUUGUGUAAUAACGACUACCGGCCCAUAAGUUUUAGCUAUGUGUGAAAGUGUGUGAGAGUGUGUGAGUGUUUUCUUUCUUUAUAUUUUAUAUAUAGUCCCUUUAUAUAUGACCUACAGCCAUCAAUUCCUAAGUCAUACCACAGGGAUUUGUGUAUACAUUAAAUUUUUAGCUUUUUUUAUUUUUUUUAUUAGUUCUGUAUCAGGUGUCCUUAAAACUGGUGUGUACUUUUUAAACAAGGUGAAAAAACACCUGAAAGUUUUCACAGCUUUUAAAAAAAAAUUAAACUUUAAAAUCUAUUGAAGUAGCCCCUGAAUAUGCACAUAAAAAAAAAAAAAAACUAAAAGAGUACCUCUAUCAAAACGUUUGUUUGCGUAACUAUUUAUAAGAGUAAGAGAGGACCUCAUUCAAAGAAUGUUGUGUAUUAUUAUUGUUAUUUACUCUUUAAGCGUGAUAAGUUCAAAACCCUUUUAAAAAAAUAUCUGGGAGUUUUGAAUUUAAUAUUAUUUAAAAUUGUUAGACUGCUCGCUUGCAUCUUGUUUGUGCGUUCCCUGUAUUGAGGCUAAGAACUGAUACCACGCUUCAUAUUUUAUUUUAAAGAUUAUCGUUUUAGAUUCAAGUUUAUUUCUUUUUCUCACUUCAUCACCUUCAUGCAUGAAUAUUUAUUAUAAUGAUGUUUGCUCCUCGGGGGUGUAGUGCGCUCCAUGGCCAAGAGAACUCUAUUUGGAAAGUAAAAGAAUCUAUCAGAAAGAAUAGUAAAGGGAAAUUUAGCUGGUCAAAUUUAAUCAGCUAGCAAUAUUCCGUGGAAAAAUAAACAAUAAGGUAUGUGUAGUCAUCAUGUGCAAAAUUGUAAAAAAAAAAAUUCUAAUAAUAAUUGUUUUUUUUUUCCCAUGAAAUGUAAAUCUAAAGUCUGCUGAUGUGCGGAGCGUUCGUUUCAUCAGUUCAUACAACUACUUGUUAGGAUGCAGGGUAAAGUCACACUUAACGUUCACACUAGAAAAAAAAAUCAUUAGCGUCGCUUAUCGUUUGUCCCUUCUGGACAUGGCCUGUUUUGUUUUUUGUUUUUCCUUAUGAGAAAUGGAAGUAGCUACACCUUACUUCCAAAAGCUAACCAUUUAAACACUAUUUUUAUAACACACUAAUCAGUGUGAAAUUUUAUGGUUUUAUUUGAAGCGCUUGCUGUUCUACUAGCUUCAUUGUCUGAUUAGCACCCAUACUAGCUAUAUACAGUCAUUCAUCUUACAAAAGGUUACUCAUCUUACAUACAAGUAUCUUUGCAACUUCCUUCCAAGCUUUACUUUUCCUUGUAACGUCCCAAAUGCUGCUGGUCCGGCUAGCUAAAAUCGUCAUUCCGCAAGGCAUGCUUAUGUCCAAAAUAACCCUUGCUUGCUACUUUCCUGCUCCUAGAGUGAACGUAGGUGAACUUACUCUACACCACUGGUGUUGAACUGAACCCAGGUCUGAAAAGUGUGUGCUGAAAGUGUGCAGAGCUGUAUGGUGAUGUAAACAUGUGUUCGAAUGCUGCAGCUGCCUCCUAAAUGAUGAUCAUGCAUUCUGUAAUGUAAAUACUUGUUAUAUGCUUUUACAGAACGAUUAAUAACAGUUGGUUUAUUUUUUUAUUCAUGCUGACAUGUAAGGUUCACACACAAAUCUGGUUCUAAUGCUGCAUUCGUGGCUGAGUGGGAAAGGGAAAGUUUCCGACUACUCGAAACAUCUAACGAGACGUCCCAUCAUGGUGGUGCCUUUCUUUCAAUGUUCUCAUGUUCUCAGAACCUUUUGUUCCUUCACUUCUAUGAUCCCAGAGUUCUUUGUCCCUCAAAUCAUUAUGCAUCCAAAAUAUUGCGUUCCCAGAAACCCUGUUUACCUACACUUUAUUCUCCCGUAAUUCUAAUUAUGUGUAGGUUUAUAUUCUCAGUAUAUAAUCUAGAGGUCUGUCCUCCCAGAUCCAGAACCUUGUGCCUACUUUUCUAGAGCCUAUGUUCCCAGAUUCCCAUAACAAUAUAUCUCUACACAUUUGUGUUCCCAGGUUCCUUCUGUAUCUACAGUUGGAUUAUACCUGGGUUUUAGAUCCCACCCAAUAUAUCUAGUGUUCUAUGUUCUCAUCAACCUAUGUAUCUAGUGUUCCAUGUUCCCAGACCCCUAAGUAUGACGAAUCUAGUGUCCUAGGUUAGUAGGACUCUAUCUAUAUUAUAUAAUAUUUUAUAUUCCCAGGACCCUAUGUAUCUAGUGUUCUAGAUUAGCAGGACCCUACAGAAUCUGUCUAGUGUUCCAUAUUCCCAGAACCCUACAUCCAGUGUUCUAUAUUUCCAGGACCCUCUAUAUCUAGAGUUCUAUAUUAGCAGGACCAUAUCUAUCUAGUGUUCUUUAUUUUCAGGACCUUAUAUGUCAAGAGUUCUAUAUUUUCAGAACCUUAUUUAUUAAGUCCUGUUCUAGACUAGCAGGACCCUAUGUAGCCAGUGUUUUAUGUUUUUACAACUCUAUGUUUUCAGAACUCUAUAUAUCUAGUUAUCAGUGCUCCCAGAACCUUAGUAUCUCCAGUUCUAUGUUCUAUGUUUUUCUGUCUGUGUAUCUGGGCUACUAUGUUCAGAUCUGUAUUCUGUCCCGCUGUAGUCCUUCUUUCCCCCAGGAAAGAGUGUUUUAUAGAGCUGUUCCCAGUCUGUUUCUUCAUUAGAGGAACUGGCCCUGUGUGGUCCUGAGAAUAAAACUAUCGGGAUGUUAAAGAGAGCUUAGAGAUUCUGGAUGUUUAUGGUUUAUAGAUUAUAGCUGUGUACGGUUUGUAAUAUUUUAAAAUCUCUAAACUCUAGAGUCAGACCUAUAAAAGAUUAAUUAAAUUGAAGUUUUGUUUUUAAGUGCAAUUAAGAAAAAAUAUAGAAAAGCAAAAACCACACAACGCUUUUGGCUUUUUUUUAAAGGCGAAUCCAAAAUAGUUUUAAGCAAUAAAAGAGAUAUUUAAUCACUAGCUAACUUGAUUUUUUUUCCUCGGAAUACCUUGACCACUCGGUUUUCAUGAACACAGCAUAGAACCACAUUUACAUUGUUGUCUCUCUAGUUCUGUCAUACGGUCAAUAUUCAGUGUUUAUUCAGUUUGUGGAAUUGUUUUGACAUUUAGGGUGUGUAAAGUACCGUUUUUUAAACUUUUAUCAAUGGAAACUAAAAACAAGCAAAGUGAACACUGUGUUAAGGACACCUGAUGAAUGUGAACAUUAUUUUAUUCUAACUUCAGCACUUAUCCCUUUAAAGUCACUUUGAUAUGAAAUGAUCAUUUGUUAUACAAAUCGCAGUUAAUGAGCCAUGCUAAUAUAUGUAUCUAUGCAAAUGGAGGUUUAAUGGUGUAUUAAUAUUUUUAUAGUUAUAUAGUAACAUGCCAAUGAAAGUCAGAUUUUUUUUUUUGCUUUCGAUCCCAGGAAUUUGUCAUCACCUCUCUUUUUUUUUAUAGCACUUAGAACUUUAAAGACACAUUAACGAUUGCAGUGUGUAUAAAUAACUGAUUAUUUAAUCAUGUUUUUGCUAUGCUGGAAAUGAAGAAAUGUAUUUAUGCUUCAUGGGGACUAAAAAAGAGACAUUCCACUGAGACAUGCUUUAGUUUGUCUGUUCCAGGGCUGCAUCAGUACCACGUACGAUAACGAGGAAAUCGCAUGUUGUUUGGCUGUGUUUAAGUUGAUUUCUAUUUUGUGCUGAGAUUUAUGGUUAAUAUUUCUAAUUAAUUAUUAUAAAGUAAACCCUGUCUCACAUAGUGAGCGGAAAAAAGUAGGCGUGUCCGAGUGCUCAGUUCCCACCCAACUGAACUGAUCUGCACACUCCGGCCUGCCUCCUCACACUCUGUAUUAAACAUAAUGUCACAUUAUGUCACAUGAUCACCGAGCAAAGCAUGUUUUACAAGCAUGACUACAUGAGCAUGAUGUCAGUACAGUAAUUAAUGCAUCUCUAAUCUACUCCCAGAGCCUCCUGUCUUACAUCGGCUCUUUUCUGACAUCAACGCACUUUUCUUCCUGUCUGUACACACCAGUUUCAUCCUCUACCCAAUGCAAAGCAAGUAAACCUUUCUCUUAUUGUUAAAUACUAUAAAGUUUUGUUUUUAUUACAAGGGGGUGAGAUAUUUUCUUUCUGUCCCUAAACACGACCCUGUCCCUGCGCUCUCUGCCUCAGUCACCAAGUGCUUCGUUCAAACAAACACAGCCGUGUAAAUAUUAUUCCUGAAAGAGCCAGCUGAGUGACACUUUGGGAAUGUGUGCUAUGAAUAUAUUGUAUAAAAAAAAAUGGGUAUGUGUAACAAAAAUAGCACAAUAAAUUUAAUUCAAACGA